AUUAUCAAAAUUAGCCAUUUCCUUAAAUCCCUAAUUUCCCCAUACUACAAUAAUUUUUUUAUAUUUUUUAAAGGAAAAAAAAAAAACAUGGUCGUCAAUAGUCCACAUCAUCCUCACUCCAUUCUUUUUUUUGACAAGCUCACCCCAUUCUCAUAAAAACACCCAUUCAUCAAAUCCCAACUCAUUUCAUUUCAAUCUUUCACAAUCAUAAACAUUCUCCCCCAAAACCAAAAAAAAAUAUGUUGAUUUCAUCAAUCAAAUACUAUCUAGUUCAUCACCCAAUCGUAACCAAUUUCGAAUGGAACCCUGAAAUUACACAUUUCUCCUCACUCCAAUUCCUCAUUUUCACAAUCCUCACUUACCUUUCUCUCACUUUCCUCCUUUCUCACUCUACUCUCUCUCCUCUCCCACCACCCCUCCUCCGCUUCAUCUCCGCCGUCCACAACCUCAUCAUCCUCCUCCUCUCUUUAAUUAUGGCCGUUGGAUGUUCGCUCUCCACCUUUUCUCAAAUGCCCUCGCCACACUGGAUCUUUUGCUUCCCCGCCAAUCAAACCCCGCCACGUGGACCUGUCUUCUUCUGGGGGUACAUCUUCUACCUCUCUAAAAUCGUUGAGUUUAUUGACACACUUUUGAUAAUUCUUAGUGGGAGUACUGGACGGUUGUCGUUCCUCCACGUGUACCAUCAUUCAACGGUUCUGAUUAUGUGCUACAUUUGGCUUGAAACAUCUCAGUCGUUGUUUCCGGUUGCGUUGGUGACGAAUGCGAGUGUGCAUACUGUGAUGUAUGGGUAUUAUCUGAUGUGUACGGUUGGGAUUCGUCCGUCAUGGAAGAGAUUGGUCACCAACUGUCAGAUUGUUCAGUUUGUGUUUAGUUUUUUGGUUUCUGGGGUUAUGUUGUUUGUUCAUUUUACGAGAUAUCCUUGUUCUGGGAUUUUGGGUUGGUGCUUCAACGCUGCGUUUAAUGCUUCCCUUUUGUAUUUGUUUAUUGAUUUUCAUUCUAAGAAUUAUAACAAGAAAAAACAAUUGACUAUGGUAGGAGAUAAGGAUAAGGUUUUGUGAGUAGUACUUCUAUUUUAUUUUAAUUGUUUGUUUGAAUGUAUUUGCGACUUAGACUUGUGGAUU